CCGGAAUAAUAGGUCAAAACACUGUGUUUUUAUUAGGAUGUAAAGCAGCCGGUUACAUAGUCUUCAUGAUAAUCAACUUCUGAGUAGUUGAUUAGGUCCAUCUUCUGAUCAUGUCUGAACCAAUCACGGACAAACAGGUAGACAAUCUGAAGCUAGCACUGACAGACAUUCAGACAACCGAGGAAUCACUCAUAGGGUAUCUUAAUGAUAUCUUAAAAGAACCUGAUGGUGUGACUCAGCUGAUGGAUGGGAAGAUAGGGAGGCUAUUUGAGCUGGCCAAAGUCUACAAGUCAGCUUUAGAGAGGUUGAAUGUUACAUCCAAGAGUGAUUUUUUAGACCUUGUCAAGAAGUGCUACAGAAAUGCAGAUAUUCGCACUGUAGAAGAGGACGUAUAUAGACAAGAGCAACAAUGGGACGAGAUAUUACAGAGAAUUGACAAGUCACUGAAGGAUGAUGAUACAUGUGUUGAAUUAGGGGAAAAAGGACCAGUAGACGUAGCACUGACUGAUGCCAGAUCAGGGAAGGAAACCAGUUUAACGGAAUAUCUGGGACACGAAAACCUCGUCUUGGUUCUGCUCAGGCAUUUUGCCUGACUUCCAUGACGUCAACAUAUCCAAAAAAUUGAAGAGGCACAAGAUGAGCUAUCCGGAUCAGGUGGUCGUGUGUUGGUGAUUAGUUUUUGGGAACAGGAGGGAGCGCGGCAGUGGUUGGGGGAGACAAACUGUCCUUUUCCUCUGCUUCUAGAUCCCCAGAGAAAGGUAUACAGUGCUUUUGACCUGCACCGUUCUGUGUACAAGGUUUGGGGAAUAGAGGAAAUGAUUUACUAUGCAGAAACUAUGGCGAAGAACAUCCCUCUACCUCAACCAUCCAAAUAUAUCCAUGACGACCCACAACAGAUGGGUGGUGAUUUCAUCAUUGACAAGAAUGGUACAGUACGCUUCAUUUACUGCAGCAAGAAAUCCCACGACAGACCUGCUGUAAGGGACCUUCUGGACCAAUUACAGAAACUCCUGUGAAGAUAUACUUCCGGUGUAAUGACAGACUUGGCCUAAAACACAUUGUGGAGGUUUUGUCUUGAUAUUGAUGCUGGAUGCUUUUCACAGUGAAAUAGACAUACAUUCUAUUUAACAUAUUUAUAUAUACAUUUACAUUCCAAUUAAUGUUUUAAAUUGAUAUUCCAUACCUUUC